CAUUCCCAUCACAAACCAUUCCACUUCUCUCAACUCAACUAUAUACAAAUAUUACAUUCUCAUAUAUCUCCCUCUUGCUUUGCUAUUUGCACUCUCACAGUGGUCUCUAUCUCUCACUAGAGAGAGACCUCUGUUUGCUGUUUUGCUUUGCUUUGCUACCUUACAGAUAAGUGCAAUUUGUAUCGAACAUGUCAACUUGCAUGACCAUGAAGAUAGAAGAAGACACUGUGCUCAAUCAGAAACAAGGCAUAGUCACUAUCUUGAACUGUAACAGUGACACUAAUUUCACACCUAAUUCACCACCUUCUCUCAGAAGAACUCUUUCAGCUGACAUGUCCUCCAAAAAAUGGCUUCCUCCAAAGGGUUCCUCUAAUCUCAUCAAGAAGAUUUCAUCAUCUGAAAAUCUCUUUCAGUUGCACCCCAACAACUCAUUUUCAUCCUCUGAGGAAGAUGGUGAGUUCAAAGAAACAAAGCUGGAUGAUGAAGCUGAAGCUGAAAGAGAGAGGCUUGAGAUUUGGAGUUCAAUCCAGAAAAACAAGAAGGAAGAGCAACAAAAAGGUGGGUCAUUUGAUACAUGGGGUUCACUCAUGUGUUUGAAGACUAAUGAUGAAAUCUCCAAAUCUCUUCCACCUUACAUUCACCCUCUUGCUAAAAGGACAAAAAGCUCUUUGUCUAGGAAGAGUCUUGAAAUUUGUACUGAGAGUCUCGGAUCCGAGACUGGUUCAGAUGGCCCGGUGUCCUCUUAUCCUCCAUCUGAAAGUCUCGGAUCCGAUACAGGUUCUGAUGGACUGUUGUCCUCUGAUCCUCCGUCAGAGACAGAGGAUACUGAGGAACAUCAACAAAACCAUCUAGAACAAGAACCUGAAGAAGACAAAAAAGAAGUGGAAGACAAAGAACAAGAAGUGUUGGAGGUGGCAAGGUUCAAUUAUGGUGGUGUUGCCGCGACUACUAAGAAAUCACCACCACGAUCUUUCCCUCCACCACUUCCUUCACUUUCUCGCCAAGACGGUCCUUCUUUUCAAAUGAGGCCACACCGCGACAACGGAAGGUUGGUUCUAGAAGCUGUGUCUCUUCCUUCAUUGAACAACUUCUGUGUUCAACGCCAAGAUGGUAGACUUGUCCUCACUUUUGCAAAUCAAGACCAAGAAAUUGGUGAGAAUGAUGAGAAAGAAAAUGAUGGAGUAGGUGAAUUGGAAGAAGAGUUUGAAGGGUUUGAGGAAGAAAAGGAUGAUCCAUAUGAAUAUGAAGAUGAAAUUGAAGAUGAGGAAGUUGAAGAUGCAGAUGGAGAUGGAGGAUCUAAGAGUGUGAUAGAGAAAGGGUCAUUUAUGUCAUUUGAUAAAACUACUAUAAAGAGUAGUAUUCAUUGGAUAGGAUCAAAUAAUAAGAUGGUGAAUAAGCCAAUUGGAGUAGUGAACAUGAAUCCAAAGUGGUCAAAGAAGUUCAAUAAUGAAGUGGAUAACAAGAAUUUUGAAGACAAAGAUGUUCAAGUUGUGGAAGCUAGUCAAAUGGUAAAAUCACUUCCACCAAGGCCAAGAGUGGCUAGGUUGAUUCCAUCAGCACCAAAUGCAGCAACUGGUUCUUUCAAUUUAAAUGCUUAUGAACAUUAUUGGAGGACCACAAAACCAACAACAACAGCAACAAAAGGUGGUAAUUAUCCACUUGGACCUUAUCAAGAGAAUAAUAAUAAUAACAACAAUAAGAAUAAGAUUGUUGUGUCUGCAGCAGGAGAUAUGAAGAACAUGAACAUCAACCAUGUCUCAAAUGAUAAGCAACAAGUUUUGGUUCUUAAAGGGAAGAAUGGUGAUUACUUGGUUCAUAAUUUGAAGAGUUGCAAGGAUUCAAGAAGGUCUUUUCUAUUUUGGGAACCAUAUUGCAUUGCUACCUCAUGAGUCACACCUCAACAACAGUCACAAAAAUUUACUAUUACUGCUUCUAAUUAAUCCAACAACAUCCAUUGCUUAAAUUCAAACACCGCUAGCUUCGUCUGUUUUUAUAAACACUCUUUUGCACUCGACAAAAGAGAUUUAUAAUUACGGACGGAGGUAGUAUUUACUGCUCUAUAUAUUAUAUCUACUAAGUUCAAAUCCUUCAAGAAGGCGUAAUGUAGUGUAGUCAAAUAAAAGAAAAGGGAUAGCGAGAAUUACUACUUAUUUGUAAGUUGUCAAAUAAUUUAUAAUAUAUAAUAUAUAUAUCUAUUACUCUU